AUGACAGGCAACAACAGUAAGAACCACGCUUGGAGAAAACGGCCGAGAGCAUACAAGCCCAAGAGCAAGACGGGUUGUAAAACAUGCAAAAUUCGGCGUAUCAAGUGCUCUGAAGAGAAGCCCGCCUGUCUCAAAUGUCUCUCGACAGGGCGACACUGCGAUGGGUACGACGAGGCCGAAACGAGGAGAACGACACCUCAGACAGAUGAAGGAACUUGCCCUAGUAUCCCCCUGGGCUCACUAGGCUCUUCUUUGCGCACACCUUGUCCCACUGGGGAUGAAUCUCCCAACUCCUCCGAACUGGAUGCCCUCCGGUUCUUUCAAACCCGUACAAUUGCCCGACUGUCCGGCUAUUUCCCAUCUGACAUGUGGAACCGCUACGUCCUGCAACUCUCCCUGCUCGAACCGAGUAUAUACUACGCGACCAGUGCGCUCGGCAGAUUGCACCGAUGGUAUGCGUACGAGGAGGACGAGGAACCUGCUUCAUCUCUGGGGAGUCCUAACCCAGAUGCUUUCAUCUUUCGCCAAUACAACAAAGCCAUCCACCAUCUCGUGCAUCCGACAACAAGGCCACCGUCCAAGUGCGUUGUUCUGGUCGCAUGCUAUGUCCUCAGCUCGGUUGAAGCCCUCUAUGGGGACUACAGAUCAUCUUUCCAGCAUGUAUCCAACGGCAUCAGGCUCCUCUGUGAGCACGACAGCACUACUACUAGUACCACCUCCCACUCCCGUACAUAUCCUCCUCCUCCUCCUCCUCCUCCUCCUCCUCCUCCUCCUCCUCCUCCUCCUCCUCCUCCUCCUCGUCCUCCUCCUCCUCCUCCUCCUCCUCCUCCUCCAACAUACAGAUCGACGGGCAGCCUGCGUCAUUCCUCCGAGGAGACAUCGAUCGAAGAAAGUCUGCUCAUCCAUUUUUCUCACCUCGAUCUUCAAGCCUCGACUUUUCACCCGGAAUGGGUCCCCUCGAUGCAGAGGCAGGACCCUUCUGGCCUUUCCCCCGUCGAUGAUGACCUGACCGACUCCAUCACAAUCUCAAUCUCAAGCCUGGAGGAAGCUAGAACACUCCUAACGUCAGCGCUUUUGCGGGUGAUGGCUUACAAGAGACAUGGGGAGAAAAUACUAGCAAAGAACCAACAGACCGCAGAUCAUGUCGACAUUGUUGAUGUCCGGAGCAGACUUGGUCGGUAUCUGCGCCAGUGGUCGAAUGCGGUAGAGACCUGGCUGGCGGCCCAGCAAACAAAGUCGGAGCCGGAGUCAGAAGGCUCACCUGGCGUUUUAUGCCUCCGGAUUCUCCAUCUGACGGCCUGCAUCAUAUUGGCGGUUCCCCGAUCUGCCGACGAGAUCAUGUAUGACUCUCUCCUCGACCAGUUCCAAAGGAUCGUCGACCUUGCCUCGGCGCUGGUCUCGCUGCAGCAAAAGAAGAACGACGACGACGACCACGGCGACGACCACCCGAGGCAUCACAUGGAGUAUUCCCAUGAAGUCGGCAUCAUACCGGCUCUCUACCUGACGGGGACCAAAUGUCGUGAUCCGACCAUCCGGCGUCGCGCCCUGUCGCUCCUGACUUCAUGCCGAAGAAAAGAGGGUGUUUGGGACAGCCGAGCGGCGGCGAAAAUAGUUUCGCGCGUCAUUGCCCUUGAAGAAAAAGAAGAAGAAGGAGACGGCCGACCUGCUGCUGCUGUACAUACCUGUGCCGACGUCCCCGAGGAGAGUCGAUUGCGAGAUACUUGGCUCCAGGCACCGUCCAAUGCCGACAGACACGCACCGCUUGUGCACACUCGCAGAAGGGCUGCACGACGAGAUGAUGUCCAGUUGGAAGUGAUUGUGGACCAUAUCCAAUGGUGA